UGUUCUGGAAAGCCAUAAUAGAUGAAAAAUAGAGAAAAAGAGUGAAGAUCUGUGUGUGUAAUAUAAGCUGCGAUUGAAGUAAGGUUACCACUACCACUACCUACCUCACCAUCUUACAGACAGAAAAUGGGAACGUUGGGAAGAGCUUUCUACACCGUCGGAUUCUGGAUCCGCGAAACUGGUCAAGCCAUUGAUCGUCUCGGUUCUCGUCUCCAAGGCAAUUACUUCUUCCAAGAACAACUGUCAAGACAUCGACCUUUGAUGAAUGUAUAUGAUAAAGUUCCUUAUGUUCAUAAGGAUGCAUUUAUUGCUCCUAGUGCUUCCAUUACCGGCGAUGUUCAGAUUGGUCAUGCUUCUUCCAUUUGGUAUGGUUGUGUUCUCAGAGGUGAUGUUAACAACAUUACUAUUGGAUCUUCAACUAAUAUACAAGACAAUUCUCUUGUUCAUGUUGCUAAGUCUAAUUUGAGUGGAAGGGUAUUACCUACUAUCAUUGGAGAUAACGUCACUGUAGGUCACAGUGCUGUGUUACAAGGAUGCACUGUUGAGGAUGAGGCAUUCAUUGGCAUGGGUGCAACCUUACUUGAUGGUGUGCAUGUUGAGAAACAUGCCAUGGUUGCUGCCGGAGCUCUUGUCAGGCAGAAUACAAGAAUCCCCUGUGGAGAGGUCUGGGGAGGUAAUCCGGCAAGGUUCUUGAGGAAGCUCACAGAAGAUGAAAUGACCUUCUUCUCACAAUCUGCUUUAAAUUAUUCCAAUUUGGCUCAGGCUCAUGCUGCUGAAAAUGCAAAAAAGCUGGAUGAGACUGAAUUUGUGAAAGUUCUUGGCAAGAAAUUUGUUCGUCCUGACGAAGUUGAUUCCGUACUCAAUGCUGUUGGCGACACACCUCCAGAGAUUACCCCCCCUGAUAAUGCUGCGCUAGAUAAAGCUCCAAAGGCUUCUUAAUUUUAUUUCUUGAGUAUCUUUUAUGUGCGAUUUCUAGUAUCUUUUAUGUGCUCUUUGUUUCCAAUAAUUUUUGGGGGUGCAUUGGUGUUCAUACUGUUAGCUUGAACAUCAGAACAUGUUGGCGUAUGGUUUUUCUCUCUUUCUUGAUAAUGAUGACAAUGCAACAAUUUGGUUGUACUGAAAUAGUCCGAGGACAUAUCUGCAGUUCUAAAGUACUGUAGUUGGGCAUGUACUCUAAAAUAAAGAAUACUGUCAAUUUAGGUUUUAGUAAAAAAUGAUCCUCUCUAUUUCUUCUCAAGAACUUUUAUUACUAAGAUUUUUGGUUUA